GUGCUCCUCCAUAGCAUCUAACUGUCUCUCAAUCACUUCUCGAACUGUUCUUGGAGGUCCAUCAAUGGCGGGUCGUGGGAAGGCUUUGGGAUCCGGAGCCGCUAAGAAGGCCACAUCGCGGUCCAGCAAGGCCGGUCUGCAAUUUCCGGUCGGUCGUAUUGCCCGUUUCCUGAAAGCCGGAAAGUACGCCGAGCGUGUCGGUGCCGGAGCUCCGGUCUACCUCGCAGCUGUCCUUGAAUACCUUGCCGCUGAGGUUCUGGAAUUGGCUGGCAAUGCAGCAAGAGACAACAAGAAGACUCGCAUUGUGCCGCGCCACAUUCAGCUAGCUGUGCGGAAUGACGAGGAGCUCAGCAAGCUUCUUGGGGAUGUGACAAUUGCAAAUGGUGGUGUGAUGCCCAACAUUCACAACCUUCUGCUCCCAAAGAAGACCGGUGCCUCCUCCAAGAACGUCGGUGGUGAUGAUGACUCUUAGAUUCAAAACAAAAUGACGAUCUUUGCCGGACUAAUAUGUUAGUUCUGCCCAGUAGGUCAAAGUAGGCUAUUGGGGUCUCUGUUUCUGGAAAUGUAGUUGGGUUUUAGGGUUAGGGGUUGUAGGUUCGUAAUGUUUGUGAAUAUAAUCAUCUUCUAGCUUCUUGAUAGAUAGAAGAUUUUUGUGGGAAUGUCGUUUGUAUUGUUUUUUUUGGAUGUGUUUGUGGGUUUAAAUGCGUAAUGACAAUGCUUCAAAGUUUGAGCAUCGUAUGAUUCUUGUGCUGUAUUGUUUCUCAGCUUUCACUCUUUCAUUUGUGCUAUGGAAUUCUCAUUACUUUGUA